AUGUUCGGCUUCCAGAAGUUCGAGCCAUGGCGCCGAGUGCCCGGUAAAGUCUUAUUGUUGUUGGUUAACAUUGUUGCAGCUACUGCUCUGAUCUUUGAAGGGUUCAAUCAAGGCGUGUUCGGCACCGUCAGCUCAACACCGGGCUUCAUUGAGAUGGCCAAGAUUGGGCACGACGGUGUCGUGACUGAUACUACUAAACAAGGAGGUCUAGCCGCAGCAUAUUACUUCGGUGCCAUAUGGGGUUGUUUCAUAGGAGGCUGGGUGGGCGACAAGAUUGGUCGGAAACGGGGUGUUUUGGUCGGCACUCUGUUUGGUAUAGUUGGUGCGGCGCUCAUGGCGGGGAGUCAAAACUCAAACACGUUCAUAGUCGCACGCGUCAUCGCGGGUUUGGGCAUCGGUUUCAUCAACGCUAUUAUCCCACCUUGGGUGAGCGAGUUAUCACAAGCGCACGACCGUGGCUCCAGCUUCUCGCUUGUCUUUGUCGCGAACUAUCUUGGGAUAGUGAUCGCAUAUUGGAUCAACUUCGGUAUCCGUGGAUAUAAGAGUGAGUUCCGUUGGAGAUUUCCGCUCGCAUGGAUGAUCAUCCCAUUGCUGAUCGUCGAUGCCACUGUGCCUUUUCUACCCGAGUCGCCACGAUGGCUUAUUGCGAAUAAGAAACGGCAGGAGGCCAUCGAUAUUCUCUGCAAAGUACGCGGGGAUCUAUCGGCUACAGAUCCCAAGAUCGUCGCAGAAGUCGAGCAGCUUGAUGCCAUAGUCGAGGCAUCCCAUCACAAGCGCAACAACUUACUCAACAUCGUUUUAGGCGGGCGCUACUCGGGAAGUCUUCAUCUCGGUCGGCGUGCGGUGAUGGGGUUUGCGCUGCAACUCAUUCAACAGUGGACUGGAAUCCUGGCUAUCGCUGGUUGGGCAACAACACUUUUUGCCCUCGCCGGGUUCGACUCGUAUAAGUCCGCUUGGCUUGGAGGACUAGUGAACACCUUUGGUGUCCCUGGCACCGCAGCGGCUGCGCUUGUCGUGGAUAGAAUUGGUCGGAUCAAAUCGUUGAUCGUUUCUUUUAUUACACAAGGCAUCGCAUUAUUCAUUGUAGCUGCCCUUAUCAAGACUUCUCAGGACGCUUCAUCUGUAGAUGCAGAUCAGGCAGUGCGACUAGGAACAGGUGCAGCUGCUUUUGUAUUUGUCUACAUCUGGUUUUUCACCAUGUUCAAUAUCAUCCCGUCAUGGAUAUAUGGGACCGAAAUCUGGCCCCAGGAGAUCCGAGCCAAGGGCUACAGCUUCACCAUCUUUGGCUGGGCAGUUGGUUCCGGAGUAACACAGUUCGUGAUCCCCAUCCUCUUGCAACGACUCGGUUGGGCCACAUUCGUAUUCUUCGGCGCCUUAAACAUCGUCGCAAUACCGAUUAUAUACUUAUUCUAUCCCGAAGUCGCCAAAAGAUCUCUCGAAGAAAUCAAUCUCCUCUUCACGAGUGAUAGUCUUUUCGUCAAGGCGAAUAUGCGUGAAUACGAUCGCCGUAUCAAUGCCGCUGAAGGGAGCAUACCAGUUGCUGCUAGGAAUCUCUUAUCAGAGGUCGACAAUUACGGUAGUUCGUCUCUUGACGUAGGUGACCUAGAGAAGGAGGGGAUAUAA